GCGGGAAAACUUUGUUUCUGUUGGAGAAGAGAGAAUAGCAGCUGUGUAUAAUGGCGGAUUCAUCAGAGUCUUUCAACGUGGCCACCAGCCCGAGCCGCGGCUCUCGUCGUGGUGACUUGACCUCCAGCCCCGGCAGAGACCUGCCCCCCUUCGAGGAUGAGUCCGAGGGCCUGUUGGGGGCCAACGAGCCGGGGGAGGAAGAGGACGGAGAGGAGCUGUUUGGGAACCAGAUGGAGGGGGACUACCGUGCUAUCCCUGAGCUGGAUCGUUAUGAGGAGGAAGGUCUGGAUGAGAACGAGGACCUGAGCGAGCUCUCUCCCGGGGCUCGAGCUGCUGCAGAGGACGCCAUGAGACGUAGGGACAGAGACCAGGGCUUGGGUCGUAUGGGGAGAGACCUGCUUUAUGACAGUGAAGACGAGGACGACGAGCGGCCGUCGAAGAGGCGCAGGCGCUUGGCAGAGCGGGCGGCCGAGGGAGCGGGGGCCGACGGUGACGACGAGGAGAUGAUCGAGAGCAUCGAGAACCUAGAGGACAUGAAGGGCCACACCGUGCGCGAGUGGGUGUCCAUGGCCGCCCCACGUCUCGAGAUCUACCACCGUUUCAAGAACUUCCUGCGCACGCACGUGGACGAACACGGCCACAACGUGUUCAAGGAGAGGAUCAGCGACAUGUGCAAAGAGAACAAGGAGAGUUUGCUGGUGAACUACGAGGAGCUGGCUUCCAGAGAGCAUGUGCUGGCUUACUUUCUCCCCGAAGCGCCCGCCGAGAUGCUGAAGAUCUUCGACGAAGCCGCCAAAGAAGUGGUGUUGGCCAUGUACCCCAAAUACGACCGAAUUGCCCAUGAGAUCCAUGUCCGUAUUGGAAACCUGCCACUAGUGGAGGAGCUACGCUCGCUCAGGCAACUGCACCUGAACCAGCUGAUUCGCACCAGUGGCGUCGUGACGAGCUGUACUGGGGUCCUGCCUCAGCUCGGCAUGGUCAAGUACAACUGUAACAAGUGUAACUUCAUCCUGGGGCCCUUCUUCCAGUCACAGAACCAAGAAGUGAAGCCCGGCUCGUGUCCCGAGUGUCAGAGUCUGGGGCCGUUUGAAAUCAACAUGGAGCAGACAGUGUAUCAAAACUACCAGCGCAUCACCAUCCAGGAGAGUCCCGGUAAAGUGGCAGCCGGGCGUCUGCCCAGAUCCAAGGACGCCAUCCUGCUGGCUGACUUGGUAGACAGCUGCAAACCCGGAGAUGAAAUUGAAUUAACUGGCAUCUACCACAACAACUACGACGGCUCUUUGAACAUGGCCAACGGCUUUCCAGUGUUUGCGACGGUCAUCCUGGCCAAUCACGUCGUGCGAAAGGAUGCGCGAGUGGCCGUGGCCGAGCUCACGGAUGAAGAUGUGAAAGCCAUCGUGGGUCUGUCCAAGGACGAGCGCAUCGGAGAGAGGGUAUUUGCAAGCAUUGGACCAUCUAUUUAUGGCCAUGAUGAUAUCAAGAGGGGCUUGGCUCUGGCGUUGUUUGGCGGCGAAGCAAAGAAUCCAGGAGGGAAGCAUAAAGUGCGUGGCGACAUCAACGUGCUGCUGUGUGGCGAUCCUGGCACAGCCAAGUCUCAGUUCCUGAAGUACGUGGAGAAAGUGGCGAGCCGGGCGGUCUUCACGACGGGGCAGGGCGCCUCGGCUGUAGGUCUCACGGCCUACGUUCAGAGGCAUCCAGUCACCAGAGAGUGGACGCUGGAAGCCGGGGCUCUGGUGCUGGCUGACCGAGGGGUCUGCCUUAUCGAUGAAUUUGACAAGAUGAACGAUCAGGAUCGUACUAGCAUCCACGAGGCGAUGGAGCAGCAGAGUAUCUCCAUCUCCAAAGCUGGCAUUGUUACAUCUCUGCAGGCACGCUGCACCAUCAUUGCUGCAUCCAACCCAAUUGGUGGCCGGUAUGACCCGUCUCUCACGUUUUCUGAGAACGUAGACCUGACCGAGCCCAUCGUGUCCCGUUUUGACGUCUUGUGUGUCGUCAGGGACACGGUGGAUCCUGUACAGGACGAGAUGCUCGCUCGAUUUGUGGUGGGUAGCCACAUCAAGCAUCACCCCAGUAACAAGGAAGGGGGCGUGGCCAGCUUGGAGGAAAUGGUGCUUCCCAACUCCUCAGAUGCGCCACCUAUUCCUCAAGAUCUGCUCAAGAAGUACAUCAUCUACGCCAAGGAGCGUGUGCGGCCCAAACUCAACCAGAUGGACCAGGACAAGGUGGCGCGCAUCUACAGCGACCUCCGAAAGGAAUCCAUGGCUACCGGCAGCAUCCCCAUCACGGUGCGUCACAUCGAGUCUAUGAUCCGUAUGGCGGAGGCUCACGCUCGCAUACACCUGAGGGACUACGUCCAGGAGGACGACGUCAACAUGGCCAUCCGUGUCAUGCUCGAGAGCUUCAUCGACACUCAGAAGUUCAGCGUGAUGAGGAGCAUGAGGAAGACGUUCGCACGUUAUCUGGCGUUCAGGAGAGACAACAACGAGCUGCUUUUGUUCGUCCUGAAGCAGCUUGUUGCCGAGCAGGUGGCCUAUCAGCGUAACCGCUAUGGUGUGCAGCAGGAUGUCAUCGAGAUCCCGGAAAAAGACCUGGUGGACAAGGCCAGGCAGAUCAACAUCCACAACUUGUCUUCAUUUUACAACAGCGACCUGUUCCAGUCCAACAAGUUUACCCAUGAUGCAAAGAAGAAGCUGAUCAUGCAGCAGUUCUAAUGCACAUUCUGCAUUUACUGGACAUUUUCGGCGUGUAAAUAUAUAUUGAUGUCACCUGAUGGUGUGAGAGGCAGAGUUCUGACAUGGACAGAAUCGGUUGAUCGUUGACGUGAUUUGCCGCACUUUGGUUUGUCGUUGAAUGCAGAACGUUUCUGCAUGUGUAGUCUUGAAUGUGAAAAGAUGUUUCCAUGUAAAAAAAUAAAUAAAUAAAUAAACUUUUGUCAUAAUAAAACUACAAUUUGCUUUGGCA